AUGAGUUGUGGAUACGAUCUAGAAUCGGAUACUUUGUACACAGUGAAAUGGUACUACAAACGUUUUGAAUUUUUUCGAUACAUUCCUAAAGAAAUGCCACCUACAAGUGCUUUUGGAGAAUUGGGUAACAAAGUUCUCUUAAAUCAAAGUGAUGCUCAUCGCGUAGUUUUAAGGGACUUGCAACCAAGCCACACUGGAAAAUAUCGCUGCGAAGUUUCUGGCGAUUCUCCAUCGUUUACUACUAUAACGGUCGCCGCUUACUUAUAUGUUGCUAAUUUACCAAAAGGGGAUCCUCAAAUUAGAGCCGAAAAGAUACGCUAUGCGGUGGGAGACACGGUGCGUGCAAAUUGCACCGUUCCUUCGGGAAAUCCUCCGGCGAAUGUGACAUGGACUGUGAAUGGAGUACAGGUAAAUUCCAGCUUCAUGAUGAACAUUACGGACAAGUUUGGUGACAAUCAGCAAUUGAUGACUAUCGCAGGAUUGGACUUCGAGACUAUACAAGAUAGCUUUAACAACGGAAGAUUACAUAUUGUUUGCAAUGCUAACGUCUUUCAUUUGUAUAAAAAACAAGCAGAUGUUAUUUUGAUCGAGGAACGGCCACGUCUGGCAUCAGUAUUAGGAACCCGAGAAUCUUCUUAUAUUGGUACAUCUUCUAAAUCUCUUAGCUGGCUACAUUCGUAA